AGAGGGCAAGGAACGGGGAGGGAGAUAGAGGUAGGGUUUUCUUCUUUAGAAGAGACAGAGAAAGCUAAGCGUAGCGAACACAAGCCAGGCAGGCUGCUUUAACAGAGCAGCAUGGCGGGGCUACGGGAUAUCCAGCAAGGCAGCCAAUGUCACAGGAAAACGUGGAUUAAUAUACUAUUCGGAAUUCUACAGCUACUUCUGCCCUGCGUUCAGCACGGAGGGGCUCAGCUACAAGCACUGAGUCAAAUGUCCUCCAACGUGGUCGAGGUCUGGCAAGCAGAAGAGACUGAUCCAUUAGUCCCAGUUCAGCUGGUAGAAGAGCGACGAACAGACAGUCUUCCGUUGGAAGAAAGCUCUUCUUCAUAUGCCCGGGAGAAUGGAAGGUCACUGCGCUUCCAGCCCCCAGCUCUGGAGUUUGGGAUGCAACCACUGGGGUUGCCAAGAGCAGAAACCAUAUACAUACACAACCCCAGUCAGGAACUUCCAGUCACACUGCUGGCAAUGUUUACAUCCAGCAGACAUUUUCACAUGCCUUCCUUCCACAGAAGGGUGAUUCCGCCCCGAGGGAAGGCCUUCUUUAAACUGGUCUUCCUCCCCACCGAGGAGGGCAGCGUAGAAAACUCUUUAUUUAUAAACACGUCGGCCCAUGGCGUGCUGUCAUACCAGAUGUUUGGUGUGGGCGUCCAACAGGCCGCUCUAAGGUCUGUCCAGAAGGACAGCUUGCUAAUAUUCCCUCACAUCCAGAGCAUUAAGCUGACCCAAACUCAGGAAGACACAUCCAACAUCACCAUACUGGGUCUAAUGUUGGAAUGCAGGUUGCCCACGAGUUGGUUCAGCCAACCUCAGGGAUCGUGCCUGCGGGACGAGGAGGGCCUCAGUCUCCACAUCAGCCUGGCCGAGAGCUCCCAGCGGCCCGCAGACAUGGACAAGCUCAAGCCUUACGUCAUUGAGCACAUCCUGGUGGCGCUGGCAGCACCUGCCGCUGCGGGCCAGGCCAUAGAAGGGGCCAUCCUAGGGGAGCCCAAAGUAGCAGUUUAUAUAUUAAAUUCAGGAGUGAAAAAGCUGUAUGUAAAAGACAUGCAGCUCUUAUCAAAAGUAGAUGCCACUCUGGAUUUCAGCCAGGUGGUGCUCCAAGAAGAGACCAGGAACCUGACCCAGGUCGCCACGCUGGCUUGCAGAGGGUCGCUACCUGGCCAGGGGGGAAGGUGCUCCAGUCAUGUCCAGGUCCACCUCCAGGCCCAGGAAAACCUCACGUUCAGCAUCUUCCCUGGACUCCACAUCUCACACAGAAGUCCGUGGGUGGAGCUGUCCAGUGUGCUGCAGGUGAGACAGAGGUGGGCAGGGCUAGUGGACGUGUGGCUCAUCAACCCCCUCAACCUCCCCCUCACCAUCACCCACGCCAGCCUCCCCCAGGACACACAAGGAGUGCUCAAGAUGGUGAACUUCAGUGGUCCGGUGCCAGUCCCCCGGGGUGACUGCAGGUCGGUCCUGACCCUCCAGCUCCUCAGUAGGAGCCUGCCCCUCAACAUGCUCUUCAGCCUCAGCCUCACCACCACCCUGGGCCUCACCCUGCAGUUGCCCCUCCACCUCCACUCCAGUCUGGACAAGCAGGGGGAGGCAGUGUUUGCUGCAGAAGGGGAGUGUGGACGACUCUGUCCACUCAGGCUGUCAGCAGCAGGCCAGGCCCAGUGGCAGCUCUCUCUGGUCCCAGACUCCCUGUCCUUCUCCUGGGCUGUGGACAGCCAGCUCGCUGCUGAGCUCUCCUCUCAGUGGCAUAGUCGCAAAGACCAGUUGCCCUGCAGGUGGCCCCGACUCCCAGGGGAGCCCCCCUCUCCUCUAGAGUUUGGUCCAACUCCAGUCAAUGAGAGUAAGGUGAAGAAGCUCACUCUGAAGAACCCCACCCCUUCUGUGGUUUCCAUGGAGAUCUGCAGCCUCUCUCUGUACCCUGCCCCUUUGGAGGCCCUGGACCUCCUCACCAAAUGGUUCAAUAUAAGCCCACUGUCUGUCAACAUCAGCACCACUGAGUUCACCCUGCUUGCUUCACAUCCUAAGGCGGGUGAGGGUGCGGGGGGCGUGAGGGGAGAGGGGGGCCUCCGGCUGCUUCUGCAGCCCUGGGAGACCAGAGAGGUGGGGGUGGUCUUCACCCCCUCAGAGCACAAACCCACCACCACCAUCCUGCUCAUCAGGAACAACCUGACGGUGUUUGACAUGGUGACGGUGCGGGGCCAUGGGGCCAAGGAGCUGCUGAGGGUGGGGGGCAAGCUGCCAGGGCCUGGGGCCUCGCUGCGCUUCAACGUGCCCCAGUCCACUCUCAUGGACUGCCGCAAUGGGCUGCGCACCACCAAGCCUCCGUUCUCCAUCCAGAAGAGCUUCAAGGUGGAGAACGCUGGAGAGCUGCCGCUGAGUGUCGUGUCCAUGAGCAUCAACGGAUACAAGUGCCAGGGCUUCGGCUUCGAGGUGCUGCAGUGCCGGCCUUUCAUCCUGGAUCACAACACGACCUCGGAGAUCACCAUCGCCUUCACCCCAGACUUCACCUCGUCCUGGGUCAUCCGGGACCUGACCCUGUCGACGUUGCGUGGCUCCUCCUUCCCCUUCACCCUCAACGUGACGCUGCCCCACCACAUGCUGCCCCUGUGUGCCCAGGUGGUGCCCGGCCCCAGCUGGGAGGACACCUUCUGGGUGGCCACGCUCAGCUUCACCUGUUUCUCCCUGGUGGGUGUGUGUCUGAUGGCCUUCCACCAGGCCCAGUACAUCCUCAGUGAGUUCUCCAACCCCGGCCCGCGCAGCAACCACAACGCGGUGCUGGCCAGAGAUGUUGUUCCCGUCAACAACAUCACGCCCAACGGAGUCAAUAAAAUGAAGGGCAGCUGCAAGACGUACGUAGACACAUGCCACACCUCUGACAAGGGCAAGGGGCGUGGCUCGCCGGCGGUGGCCAACGGCUCCGCCCCUCGAGCCCAGACCUCCACCAAGAAGACCUCCCCCAGCACCUCCUCCGCCUCCUCCCAGCCCCAGAAGAAACACAAGGUCUCUGUCUACUACAGCAAGUACAAGUCCUCCUCCUCCCUCACCACGGCGACUGUUGCCACAGUGACCGCAGAGGAAGAGCCCGAGGAUCUGGCCCCCGGUGAUGACACCCCUGACCCGGUCGUGUGCAUACACAAUAACAACAACGAGCCCAUGUUUACAAGUCAGGUGGAUAAAAUGAUAGCAGCAGUAGAAACGACAGCGACGACAACACUGCACUUUAAGGAAGCCCCACAGAUCGCCAGGGAAGACAAGGGGCCGGUUGCUGUUAUGUUUCCCAUGGAAACACCUGCCGGUUUCCCUGACAACAUCCUGGUAGGCCCGGGCCCCAGACCAGGCCUGUUGGUGUGUAGGCCUCCAGAGAAAGGAUGCCCACACUACUCUGAGAAGAGAGACACAGAGAAAAGGGACAGUUUUGAGCUGGAGCCCAGAGAAGAGGAGAACGCCCAGAAGAAGAAGCCAGAGAAGGCAGAGAGCGGGGCCCCGGCUGGGACGAGCAAGGGGAAGAAGAUACGCAGGAGGACUGCAGAAGGGGCUUCUGGAGUGCCUGAACACAGCGUGGUCAUGAUGGGACAAGAGAGGGACAAGGACCCAGUGUGGAGAACAGGGGAACGGAACGUCAACGGAAGCCACGCCAGAAACCGCUGCUCCGGUGGGAAACCAGACGUAGCGAAGCCUGGGCCCAAUCAGGAGAACCCUGUCAAGCAGAGUGGUGUGUGUCAUGUGAGGCCCAGACGGAAGUGUGGGGAGCGGCGAGGGGCCGGGGUGUGUGAGUCGGGCUCGGACUCGGGCAGCUCGUCGGGGAGCGUGAGGGCCAGCAGGGGGAGCUGGGGGAGCUGGAGCAGCGCUAGCAGCAUCGAGGGAGACAAGGACGGACGCACACACAACUGUACUAGCUCAGCCAGGAAGAAGGACUCCAUGCCAUAUAACGUGUACCCUGCAGAGCGAGACUGCUACCAGACCAUGAGCUCUGCCUACAAGACCCAGAGCAUGAAUGGCCUGUACCGUAAAGAGCCGUGCCAAAGUCCAGAACUCUCUGUGCCCAACUUUGCCCCCAGCUUUGCCGCCGUGGCAGCAGGAAUGGAGAGGAACAUGGACCUGACCUGUCAGUAUGUUCCAGAAGAGACCUGGUCGGCUCCCUCGGUCCCCCUCACCAACGAGUUCAGGUACAAUGCCACUGAAGCUGUGACCUACGCACCUCAGCCCCAAGCCCCUGCACCUGCACCUUACCACGGCUUUCCUUGGAACAGCAUUAACAGCCAAUGCAAGAGUUCCUAUGUGUCCAGUGACCAGGGAACCUACAUGCCGGGGGGCAAUGCCAAUUUCCAGAACAGUUUCUCAUGCCAGGAGUCCCAGAGUGCUGCCUAUAGCCCCCAGGCCAGCUGGAGUGAAGACUGUGCCCAGGAGGUGCCUUCAUCCUGGGAUACAGCUGGCUGUGUGGGCAGGAAGACAUACUUUCCUGGCACCAGAAGUCUGUCUCCUAUGUCCAGCCUGUUUGGGUCCAUCUGGACCCCGCAGAGUGAGCCUUACCAGAACCACUUCCAGCCUGACCGCUCAGCCCCCAUGUCCCCUGUCACUCCCCCUCACGCCCCCUUCAGCCGGGAGCCUGGGGGCUCCUGUCGGACCAAGCAGUACUUCAACCCCUUUGGGCCACACAUGAACCUGGACAUUUGGAACUCCUCGUCCAACCGCAGCUCCAACUCUCAGCUCUCCAAUGACUCGGGCUACUGUGGUGACAUUUAGAGAAAGACAGUGAUGGCGAAAAUAAACAAUGCUAUGUAAAAGAAUGGAAACAAAACGAAUGUGUUUUUAUCAAUAAUGGGGAAAAUGUGAAUAUUCCUUUUCCUUUUUGUUCCUUUUUUUCCAAAUGUUAAAUGUUGUGAAAGGUUAAGCUUUUGUUGUAUAUUUUUCUAGAUUUUGCAGUUUCAAUCAUAGAAAAUUAAAAAAAAAAAUGUUUUGUACUUGAA